UCUUCUUCUGCUCCCUCUCAUUUUGCACCUUUUUUCCAGCCCUAAAUUAUGAGGCGGACCGACCAGCUAGCUCAGCUCUACGGCGAGAAGACCGCCGAGCGAAUCGCCAAGGCGCGACUCCUGGUCGUCGGCGCUGGCGGCAUUGGCUGCGAAUUGCUGAAGAAUCUGUGCAUGUCUGGUUCCUGUUCCAAGCGCAAGCACAUCAAGCGGCCCAAGGCCGAGGUGGCCGUACAGGCCAUCAGCGCCUUCAACCCAGGCAUCAAUGCACACGCGCAGCAGGCAAAUAUCACUGACCCGCAGUUCGACUUUGAUCUGGUCCUGAAUGCGCUGGACAACCUGGAGGCACGGCGCCAUGUGAACAUCCAGUGUUUGGCAGCAAAAGUCCCCCUGAUUGAAUCGGGCACUGCCGGGUACCUGGGCCACUCGACUGCAAAGCCCGUGGAGCAGAAGACCUUUCCUGUGUGUACCAUCCGGUCGACGCCAUCAUCGCCGAUCCACUGCAUUGUGUGGGCAAAGAGCUAUUUGUUUGCACAGCUGUUUGGCGAGCAAACCGACGAGAUCGAAAUGGACGAGGACGGCGAUAUGCAGGAGCUGGCACAGCUGCGUGAGGAGGCCCGUGCGCUGAAGCGCCUGAGCGAGGCCGUGGGCUGCCCGGACUUUGCCUGGCAGGUGUUCAACAAGGUGUUUGUGCAGGAUAUCGAGCGCCUGCUGAGCAUGGAGGACAUGUGGAAGAACCGCCGCCCGCCCACAGUCCUGAAUUACAAUGGCCUGGCGGCUGGCGCCUUGGACUCGCCCGACGAUCAAUCCCCGCCCAGCGCAACCGCGGCUCUGGAGAUGUUCAGGAGCAGCGCCGAGCGCCUGGCGUGCCGCGCUACGCAGCGCUCGGAGCGCACACUACUUAUGUUCGAUAAGGACGACCGGGAUGCGCUGGAGUUUGUUGCGGCUGCGGCGAACCUGCGCGCAUACGCCUUUGGGAUCCCGCCCACGUCGGUGUUUGCAGUGAAGGCAAUGGCCGGCAACAUCAUCCCGGCCAUAGCCACCACCAAUGCGAUUGUGGCCGGCAUGAUGGCACUGCAGGCCGUCAAUGUGGUGGAUCACCGGCUGCAGGACUGCUUCACUGUGUACCUGACGUACUCGUCGUCGCACGACCGCUACUACAUGAAGGAAAGGCUGCCGCCACCCAACCCGCGCUGCUCCGUGUGUCGCCGCCAUUACCUGACUAUGCGCUUGGCCGACCCAGCGCGCACAACACUGGCCGAUCUGCUGGCACGUGUGACGGACGGGAUAGGGACGUCGCAGGAUAUGCGGCUGGGCGAAGAUGUCUCAAUAGUCGAAGGCAGCCGGAUCCUGUACGACCCGGAUUUUGACGACAACGCCAGCAAAUCUUUUGAGGAGCUGGGCUUGGGCCCAGGCUCGAUGCUGACAUUGACUAGCGAGGAUGACGACGAUGCGAUUCCAGUCGUGAUCAGCAUUGCACGGCCCACAUAUAUAUCUUGUGCAAUCACCUUCGAGGGGUUUGAGGACUUUAGGGGUUUCCCACCGCUGGAACAGGCCGCCCCCGAGGAGUCCGAUGACGAGGAGAUCGUGGCAGUGGUGGAGGCCGACGACGACGUUGUUGUUAUAGAAGAGGAUGUGCUGACGAAGCCAGUGAAGCGAAAGAUGGAGGACGAGAGCCCUGAGGCUGCCAAGCGGCCAUCCCUCUAUGAUGUCAGAGAGCAACCUGCCAACAGCGAGAUUAUUGAUCUGGAUUAAAGCACAUAUGAAUGUAUGUGAGCAUUGGAU